UAUUGCUGUGUUUGCGUGACGGCGCGGUUUGAGGACCCCUAUAACAGGCGCCGGGACUGAGCGGUGUAGUCACUUGUGGUGUUAGGGGGCUGUGGGCGGCACGUGCUCGGAAUCGGCGCAUCGAUUUAAUUUCGUUUUAAAUUGACAUUUGGUGCGUCCUCAGCAGGAAACUCCCGGGGAAAUAUGCCGUUUUCUGUGCUGGUAACCGGUGCGAAUCGUGGCAUCGGGCUUGAGCUGACCCGUCUUCUUGUAUCGGGGCCCAAACCUGCAGAUACUGUGUUUGCUACUUGCAGGAAUACCUCAGAUUGCAAGGAUUUGCAGGACAUUCAAAAGAGUCACUCCAAUCUUCACAUUCUUCAAUUGGAUGUCUGCGAGGAGGCCAGCUAUCCUCGGCUGGUGCAGGAGGUGUCGAAUGUCGUCAAGGACGGGGGCCUGAACCUGCUCAUCAACAAUGCAGGCUCAGCUAGUCGUGGCUGGGACCUGUCUGCCGUCACCUCGGAGGACAUGGUCCAGCUCUUCAGGAUCAACUGUGUUGCCCCACUCAUGCUCACCAAGGCGUUCCUGCCGCUGCUGCGAGCGGCCGCGGCUGACCCCGCCUUCGCCGGAGACGUCAUGUCGGACCGACGGGCGGCCGUGCUCAACAUCGACUCCCGCAUGGGCUCGAUCGACGACAACAAGUCCGGCAGGGGGUACGCCUACCGCACCAGCAAGGUGGGCCUGAACUCGGUGACCCGUUCACUGGGCAUCGACCUCCGCCCGGACCACAUCCUGGUGGUCAGCAUGGACCCGGGCUGGGUGCGCACGCGCAUGGGCGGCGCCAACGGCAAGAUUGCGCCCGAGGAGAGCGCCUCCCGCAUCCUCACCGCCAUGGCCAAGAUGACCAACCAGCACACGUCCACCUACGUCGACCACUUCGGGGAGCCGAUCCUGUGGUAGACGCGCGGGUGAUGCAGCUGGCCGGCGAGCGCGGAGGACGCUGUCGCCGCGGACGGACUCAGGGUUGCUAUGGUUACCCCCAAACCGCGCUCGCAGUGCUGCCAACGGACCGGCGUCGCAGUGGCAGACUCGCCGCAGGCUUUGUAGUGCUGAGCUAAUCUGCUGGGCGCUUCAGGGGACGCUAGAGGACGCUCAGGUGUUGGCUGUCCGUGAUUUAUGCGUACUCAUUUGACUUUAAUCACGCGUAGUGUUGUCUGAUUUGUGGCUGAUAGCUUUCUCUCGCGCCCCGGCUGAUUGAGGCUUGUCGAUUUUGACAUGGCGUUAUAUGUCGCGGAGGUAGUGAUCAUGAGAAAGGAACCUUUGGUGGUUUCGUCAGUCCCGCCAAAGCGGCACGUCACAGUAAUGUCGGGACCAAGGGCGUAUGAACACUCGUUUGGAACUCAUAAACAGCCUCGAGCUCACCCGGUACCUCGGCCGCUAUCCGUGGCACGCGGCCUCAAGAGCGCCGCGUGUGUCUCCGGACUGCCACCUUGGGGUGCGCUAAACCCCUGCUGGAGCCCGCUCGUGCGUCAGCCUCGGGCCUUCUCCCAGCCCGUGCGACCAGGGAGUCGUCAUUGCCAGGGGAUGUUCGGCUGAGUCCCGCUGGAUCUACAACCAGCAUUCCUUGGUGUGACGGCUGAAGAAGACCUAGUCUAUAUUGUGGGAAAUUUGUGCCUUAAGCAGCAAGAAAGCAUGCUUUUUCUUAGGACAAGCACCUCGCUUCAUCAGUGCUGCGGAUGUUACUUCCGCGAUCGCAAUAAAUCGCUUUGUUUUAUUCCGUGGAAGAGGCUGCGAACGCUAUUUUGAUAAACAAAACCUGUCUAGUGGGCUUUUGGUAUUGUCCCAGGAAAAGUUGUAAACGUUUUUUUUAAACGUGAAACUUGUCAUAUAGUUUUUCUAGGCGUUCAGAAUGUAUUACGGGCCUGCGUCAUCACCUGUGUGCGUCGGAAAUCGUCUAUCCCACACCAUCCAUGGUGGGUACCCGACCUGACCCCGUACGUCGCC